AUGUAGUCUGUGUAGUGGAUAAUAGUUUUUAAUUUUUUUUAGAAGUUAAGUCUUGUUCAAGUAGACUGAUGUGUUGUUUUGUGCUUGUGUUAUGCAGUUUUAAAUAAAUGAGGUGAAAUUCUUAAUAACAAUGGCUCCAAACUUCAGUAAAUUAACUUCAAGGACCGAUGUUAAAAUCGCUUUGGCUGCCUCAGCAGCCUUGAGUGCAUGGGUCAUUCGGAACAGUUUGCAAGCAAGGUGCGAUUACAAAAUGUUUUGCUAUUGCUUUUUAAAUUUAAAUAAUCAAAUGAUUAUGAAUUUUGUUAGGUUUUAUCGUAGAAAAAGUAUCUAUAGAUUUCUUUUACUUAUGUUAUUUAUUACAUUUUAAUUAUUAUUAUAAGAUUAAAAUUACUUUUUAAUUUUAAAUGUUGUGCUUCUGUGCCUACGGUUUUUAUUUUAUUAUAUAUAUGUUAGCAUGUUGCUUGAUAGUAUUACAUUAACUCAUCAAAUAAAACUUUUCAGAAAAAACAAGAAUGUCAAGAAAGUAGCACGUUUAUCACCAGAGGAACAAAUACAGUAUAUGAUAAAAGAAAAAAAUAAAAAGGGACCAAAGGCUAAAGUGGAUGCGCGAUUUUUUGCUGAACUAAAAGCCCUAUGGGGUAUUAUGUUCCCUGGUCUAUGGAGUAAAGAAAGCGGCUUGAUGGUGCUUAUAGCAUUUUCAUUGAUAUCUAGAUCCAUAUGUGAUCUUUGGCUCAUUCAACACUCCACAUUAAUCGAGGGUUCUAUAAUCACAAUGAACCUUCCUGAAUUCAAGAGAUUAUUAACACAAUUUUUUAUUGCCAUGCCACUGAUAUCAAUUGUAAAUAAUGUAUUGAAAUGGAGUAUAGGUGAAACAAAGUUAAGAAUAAGAACCAAUUUAUCUGUACAUUUGUAUCAACAGUAUCUUAAGGGUUUCACAUAUUACCAAGUAACAAAUCUUGACAACCGGAUAUCAAACGCGGACCAAGUGUUGACCACUGACAUAGACAAGUUCUGUGAUACUGUCAUAGAUUUAUACAGCAACAUAAGCAAACCUCUUCUGGACAUUGGCAUCUACUUGUACCGAUUAACAACCAACUUGGGCCCUUCUACACCCGGUAUAAUGGUGGCAUAUCUCCUAUUAUCUGGAGUAUUCCUGACCUUCCUUCGGAAACCAACUGCUAAGAUGACAGUUCAGGAGCAGAAAUUGGAGGGAGAAUUCAGAUACGUCAACGCUAGGCUUAUAACGAAUUCAGAAGAGAUCGCGUUCUACCAGGGUAAUCAUAGGGAACAGCUGACUCUUCUGGCGAGCUUCUACAAACUGACGAGGCAUUUGAGGAGUUUCCUCAACUUCCGAGUCGCCAUGGGCUUCAUAGACAACAUAGUAGCAAAAUAUGUAGCCAUUACUGUCGGUUUCUAUGCUGUGUCACGGCCAUUCUUCGCCAAGAAUCACAAUCUGCUGACCACUGGCACUGAAAACGACAGGUUUAAGCAUUACUACACGUACGGUAGGAUGCUGUUGAAAAUGGCGGAAGGUAUUGGCCGAUUAGUGCUAUCCGGCAGGGAGAUGAAUAAAUUAGCCGGACUCACGGCGAGAGUUACACAACUACGGAUGGUUCUAAACGAUGUGUACAAUGGACACUAUGAACGAACCAUGGUCGACAGGAACUCACAGGGUGGCGAACCACCAAUGUUACUGGCCCCGGGCGCUGGACGUAUUAUCUACCAGGACAAGAUCAUCAGGUUCGACAAGGUUCCACUGGUGACACCUAACGGCGAUGUAUUGAUCAAGGAACUCUCCUUCGAAGUCAGGUCUGGUAUGAACGUACUGGUGUGUGGCCCCAACGGUUGCGGCAAGUCGUCCAUGUUCCGUCAGCUGGGCGAGCUGUGGCCGAUAUUCGGCGGUACUCUCACCAAACCGCCCAAAGGGAAACUGUUUUAUGUGCCGCAGAGACCUUAUAUGACACUAGGAACACUCAGGGAUCAGGUGAUCUACCCGCAGACCCGCGAGGAGAUGGUGCGGCGCGGGCGCACGGACGCGCAGCUGUCGCGCUGCCUCGAGCUGGUGCAGCUCGGGUACCUGCACGCGCGCGAGCACUCGUGGGACGCCGUCGAGGACUGGAUGGACGUGCUCUCCGGCGGGGAGAAGCAACGGAUCGCGAUGGCGCGACUAUUUUAUCACGAGCCGCAGUUCGCGAUACUCGACGAAUGCACGAGCGCGGUCUCUGUUGAUGUCGAGGGACAAAUGUACCAAUACUGCAAGGAGGUAUAACUAUAUAUAUUUGUUAUUUUAUAAACCUUGCAUACGCCAAUGAAGGCCAAUGAAAAAUUACAUUUUCUAUAUUGUCAUACAUUGAUCACAGUUAUAAUGAAAUGAUAAUAUCUUUAUUCAAGUAAGCUUGUUACAAACACUUUUAAAUAUUCCAAAAAAAAAAAUCCCCUACCACUUCAAGUGUUCGUGAAAAGUUUGAGAAACCCUGGACUAGAUAAAUAAUUUCAUUAUGAAUAAAAACUACGUCUCAAAUCAUUAUCACAGAUAAUUUAAUAUUAUUAUAAUUUGUUAAUUUUAUGGAGCAUAUAUUGACAUAAUUUAUUAUCUUUGAUCGAUUUUUGCAUUAACAACGCUGUACUGAAAAUACUCUCUGUAUUAGCGAAAAAGUAACAAAUGCUU